AUGGGACCGGCUGUUGCCCAAGGAACCACGGACAGCAGCAUCGAUCUGGAAAUAUACUCUCUCUUCAAAGGCAAAUUCCAGGAAAGGAAUCCUUGCCGCCUAGCAUUGUCCGAACAACGAACCGGCCCGCGGGCGCGAAGAGGCUCAGAUGCAGCACCUGUAGGGAAGCUGUGUCCCUGGUCCUCGGCUCUUGAGAAUAACCGGAAAGCAGUCCUGCGUCCUGUGGCCCCAGUGGCGGACUGGAAAGCCUGUGAUGAAGGGCCACAAAAGGCUCAGAACAGCCGGUCGGCUCUCGUGAAUCGUGAAAAGGGAAAGGCCCGGUGCGGGGGCCUCAUGCGCGAUUCUGCGCGCCUGCCCUGGCAGGUCGGCACACCACCCCGUUUUGAUCGUGCCUUUUUGGAUAGCGGCGAACCCACCCCCACUGGUCUGGAAAAACGACAAAGACCGGGAAGGAACUACGUCAUCCGGCAACUUGGGACCAAAGAGACGGAAGGCACGAACGUCCGUCGUCCAAAACGCACACGAUAA